GCGGCUACUGCAGCAAUUGAUUCGCUUAAAGCAAAGGCCCCGUGGGCCUCGCCUCGUUCCAUACCCUGGUAGAUUACAGCGCUAGAUCUGGGUCCCAUCGAAAAUAAUUCAUAAUUCAUAUUUCCCCGCUUCUUCCUCGCAAAGGGGGUGCCUGGGUACUGGGAUCACGGUUGCCCCUUGGCCUAUAUUUACGGCUCAGGUGAAGGUUCCGCAUACAGCACGAUUAAAGACUUACUAAUGCUCCACUACGGUAGUUAUAACUUUAGAGUAAGAUGUCUGAAGGCUAUUCUCUACGGCGGGAGAAGUCCUGCAGGGACUAUGAAACGGACUGCGGCAAAACCUGGGAUGAUUUCGUUGCCUGUUGCCCCUCCGAUUCAUUUUGCCUGGUUGGGGAGAAUACAUGCCGGAAAUCGCACGUUGGAAAUGUCCCGGAGCAAUGCGCGAACGGUACUUGGAACCUCUUCCACGCGAUUGACUUUUUUUGCUGUGACCAAGGAGAAUUCGCUAUCAAGACAGUGAAAACCGGAAACAACGUUCCAGAUGGAUACGUCGGCUGUGUAAUGUCUGAUUAUCCCUCGAAGGAUUGGCUAAGCACCUUAACAGUGAUGAGGUCUGGAACAGUUUCUUCGACUCCCACAUUUUCGGCCACUCUAUCCUCUUUCUCGACCGUUUCAACUAGCUCAAGUACCUCAACUACACAUACCGCAGAGCCCACAACAUCCCACACCCCUGAGCCCUCUCCACCAUCAUUCAGCACGAAUACCGGCGCCAUUGCAGGAGGUGUUGUUGGUGGGGUAGCCGGAGCAGCCAUCCUCGCUGCCUUGGUUUGGUUUCUCGCACGUCGCAGCAAGGCGGAGAACAUGGUGUCUCCGACAGGUGUCCACAGCGCUUCGGGUAUGCGGACAGUCGACCAUGCAUCCAAGAUCCAGAGGCACACAGUUCAGGAACUUGACGCUGCGCCACCAGUCUAUGAACUACCUGAUGGCUCCGGCGAUCGACAAUAAUGGAUGCUUUCUAGAGUAUCGGCUCUGUACCUCCUUUGUCAUAACCAGGUUGUGCGACACUUGUAUCUAUACCACUGUUUAUAUUUCGAACAUGCAGCUUCUCAACGAGCUAAGUAUUCAUGUACAUACCUAAAAGUCCACGAUUAUACAGAAGGUUUUUCAACUCACGGAUUCGACCUAUCCUCAAGCAUCUGGUCUGAAACCAGGCGAGAUAUCCUUCGCCAGGUGGGAUUACAGCGUCUGCAUUAUCCGGAUUAGCU